AUGGGAGCACGAAAGAGACUCUCUUCUUCGGAACCUUCUUCUGCUGUGGCGAAGGAAAACACACAGAACAAACCCGAAGAAAAACCGGACCUUGCAGACCCUCCAAUUGCACCUCCCAAAUGGGGUCUUCUUCUGAAGCUUUCUCUCCUGGUGCUCCCUUACUUGUACCUUCUCUUUUACUACUACCCCAUCGAACCGGAACUCCGAAGAUCGAUCCUCAUCAAUGCAGGAAUGAGCCUUGCGGGGUUGUUCGUUACGAUCAAGAUGAUCCCCGUCGCGUCCAGAUACGUUCAGAAGCGAAACCUCUUUGGCUAUGAUAUUAACAAGAAGGGAACCCCUCAGGGAAAUGUCAAAGUGCCUGAGUCAUUAGGUAUAGUUGUUGGUAUUGUCUUCUUGGUGGUCGCAAUCUUGUUUCAGUAUUUUAACUUCACAGCAGAUUCAAAUUGGCUUGUUGAAUAUAAUGCAGCAUUAGCAUGCAUCUGUUUCAUGACAUUGCUGGGUUUUGUCGAUGAUGUCCUUGAUGUCCCAUGGAGAGUAAAAUUAGUACUCCCAUCAAUUGCUGCACUUCCUUUGUUAAUGGCAUAUGCUGGACACACAACUAUAGUUAUACCAAAGCCACUUGUCCCACACAUUGGGAUAGAGAUUUUGGAUCUUGGAUGGAUAUAUAAACUAUAUAUGGGACUAUUGGCUGUUUUCUGCACAAAUUCCAUCAAUAUACAUGCUGGAAUAAAUGGCCUUGAAGUUGGGCAGACGGUGGUUAUCUCAUCAGCUAUCCUGAUACACAAUAUUAUGCAAAUUGGAGCAUCAACAGAUCAUGAAUAUAAGCAAGCACAUGCAUUCUCUAUUUACUUAGUUCAGCCCUUGCUUGCUACCUCGUUGGCUUUACUUUCUUACAACUGGUAUCCCUCUUCGGUUUUUGUUGGUGAUACAUAUACAUACUUUGCUGGGAUGACUAUGGCCGUGAUCGGUAUUUUAGGCCAUUUCAGUGAAACACUCUUGAUUUUCUUCCUACCUCAAGUUCUGAACUUCCUCUUGUCACUUCCCCAGCUUUCUGGCUAUAUUCCGUGUCCUCGUCAUCGUCUGCCAAGGUUUGACCCUCAAACUGGACUACUGACUGGAACAAAUGAUGGGACACUCGUUAACUUCUUCCUUAGAAAUUUAGGCCGGAAAUCUGAGAAGGCACUUUGUAUUUAUCUUCUUGCUUUCCAGGCAAUAGCGUGCUGUUUCUGCUUCUUGCUAAGGUAUUUCCUUGCCGGUUGGUACAAAUGA